AUCUGUGUUCUCUUUGAAAUCAUUUUGCUCUGUUAUGAUCUGUUUGUCUUGUAUAUCUACCCCAGACUAGUUUAAAUUUCAUUUGUAUGUUUAUAGAUGGAUGAAAAUAAUUCUGAUGACAACCAAGAAACAAAAAUGUGGACGGCCAGAAGUGAAACAAAAUUAAUAAAUAUGUUGAGAGAUGAGGUUAGAAAAAAUCAAACAACUGGCCGUACUACUUCGUGGACAAUUAGGCAUUGGAAUCAUUAUGCAAAUCAGUUGCACAAUCUGUAUGGAUUUCGGUAUACAGCAACACAGGUGCGCCAAAAAUAUCAGCGAUUGAAAGCUGAUUAUCAGACAUUUAAGCGACUCCAGGCACAGACUGGUCUGGGAUGGGAUCCAAUUGUAGGCACUGUUGUUGCACCUGAUGAAUUUUGGGAUAAGGCCAACAGAAAUGUGAAGAAGUUUAGGACAAAAGGAUUUGAAUAUUUUCAAGAAAUGGCAGAAAUUGUUGAAAAUUGUUGUGCCACAGGGGCCUUAUCUCGUGCAUCCACACAAGGAGCCCUUGACUCAGAAGAAGAAGAUGACAUGUUAAAUAAAUUUUGGAACCCUGAUGUUGGUGGGAGUAAUGCUGGUGGGAGUAACGCUGCUGAGGCAAUUCCUGUUGACUUAUAUGGGGAUGAGUACAUGGAUCCAUCAAAGGGCAAAAGUCACAAGAGGGGCCCUACAACCAGCCAGACUGACAGUGGUCGUUCUAAAAAGUCACGGUCAAGUGGGUUUGAUGAUGUGUGCGCAGCUUUCACAUCCUAUGUACAAGCAAAAACAGGACAUUCACGUGCACGAGAAAAUGAGACAGAGGCUGUAAGUGCAGGUGGUGAUGAUUACUCUCUUGAUGCAUGUCAAAAUGCAUUACUAGAGCUUGGGGACAUACCACCAGUGCAGUACAUUAAGGCACUGACACUGUUUAAGGAUAAGAAAUGGCGAAGGUUUUUUAUGCGCACUCCUACCCAUUUGCGCCUACCCAUGAUCCUCGCUUUGCAGUGA